CUCGCUCUGUCAGAAAAAAAGGGGGCCAGAGAAAACUCACUUCGUCUGAACUUUCCGGAAAGUUUUGGCACUUUUUUGUGUGAAUUUAUUAAUCGCGGGGAACUUUUAGCAGCAGGAACCGACACGUUACAAGAUGAAGAGCCUCAAGUAUCGAUUGAAAAAGCACGAAGUUACCAUCACAAACACAGACUGGAACAAGUAUGACGACCGGCUGAUGAAGGCGGUGGAGCGCGGCGAGGUGGACAAGGUGGCUGCCGUUCUCAGCAAGAAGGGCAUCAUCCCCACCAAGCUCGACGUGGAAGGACGCUCAGCGUUUCAUUUGGCUGCGACGCGAGGACACCUAGACUGUCUCAAUCUCAUCCUGGGACACAGUGUUGAUGUCACAGCAACCGAUGCCACCGGUAAAAAUGCUCUUCAUCUGUCUUCAAGAAAUGGACAUUCUCUGUGUGUGCAGAAACUCUUGCAGCACAACUGUCCGGUUGGAAAUGUGGACCUACAAGGAAGAACAGCUCUACAUGAUGCUGUCAUGGCAGGUUGCCCCUCCAGCGUGAAACUUCUGUGUGACACCGGGGCUUCUGUGAACGCCACUGAUUUUGAUGGCAGGACACCUCUGGUGCUGGCAACCCAGAUGUGUCACCCACGCAUCUGUCAGCUGCUGCUGGAGCGAGGGGCUGAUAUCACCGUCCGGGACAAACAAAACAAGACAGCGCUGAUCUUGGGCUGCGAGUACGGCUGUAAGGACGCGGUGGAGGUGCUGCUGAAGAGCGGCAUAGACGUGAAGGCGGUCGACGGCUUGGGUCACGACGCAUUUCACUACGCCCGCCUCAGCAAGAGCCCGGAGCUCGUUGCGAUGGUCAAAAGUUACCUCGACAAAGCCACCAGAGAUAAAGAGGCUGCAAAGAUAGAACAGUGGAAGCGACAGCAUUCGGUGGAGCGGUCAGAGGCAGCUGAGGCCAGCAGAAGGGAUCAGAUCAUACAUGACUUGGAGAGGCAGAAUGAGACCCUGCAGGAAAGUCUCAGGAACUACCACCAGGAGCAAAGAGCCCUGUUAGAUAAGGUCAACAUGCUACAGCAACAGCUCACACAGGAAAAAAUAACUGUUGAAGACACUCAAAAAGAGAAGGAGCAGCUGAAGGUGUUGCUCAGUGCCAAAGAAAGAGAGGACGGGGCUCGAGGCCUCGAGACUGUCAAGGUCCAGCUCCGGAGUACUUUGGGCGACUACUCUGGGCAGUCUGUUAUCAAAGGUAAAGAAAACGCUUUGGUCAAACAGGCUCACAGCCUGGACUCUGAUCAGAUGCUCCAGAAUCCUGCCGUGUCGCGUUCACUGUCCAGACCUCCAGAGAAGAUUCAGCCCACUGUGGGCUGGGACCUCUCCAGUGAACUGGAUGCACUCCGACGUGAACACGAGGCAGUCAAGAAAAGACAACAGGCGGCGGAGGAGGAGACAGCGCGGCUUCAGUCUGCCCUGAACCGUAAAAACCGAGAGUGUCAAGAGCUCGUUCAGAGCCGAGACACCAUCCAGAAGCAGGCCGACCAGCAGGUUCAAGAACUGGAGGACGCCUUGGGGGACGUCCAGAAGAGGAUGCUGGAUUCUGAGUGUAAGGUCAAACAACUGCAAGCCCAUGUAGUUGCUGUUAAGGAACACUUAGGAGGCCAGGCUGCAGAUGAACUGCGCGCCCAGCUCCAGGACGUCAAGGCCAAGUAUGAAGGUGCUUCGGCUGAAGUGGGUCGCGUUCGGAACCGCCUCAAACAGAGCGAGAAGGCCUUGGAGGAGUACAAGAGCAGCGAGAGCCAGCUAGCGGCUGAAGCAGAGCGGCUGAACCAAGACCUGGAAGCUCUGUCCGCGGAAAGGGAUGAACUAGCAGAAACCCUUAUAGAAAUGGAAACCCAGCUGAAGGAGGUCCAGACUAAACAUGGCAACACAGUACCAGCUGAGAAGUUUGACAACAUGAAGAACCUGCUGACCAAUGCAGUUGACGAGAAGGAACGUCAGCUCGCUGAGCUGAGGGAAGACUACGAUCGCGUGCUGGAGGAGGUUGCAGAGCUCCAUCGAAAGCUGGACAGCCCGCCAUCCCAGGGAGGAUCAGGGGCGAUGUCUGCAGAGGAGCAACAGAGGAUACAGGCUGCCCUCGAAGAGCAGAACGCCUCAUUGAAAAGGAAGCUGGUGGAUUUGACUGCCAAAAGCCAGGAUCUAAUUCAUGAGGUCGAGGAGAGCGAGGAGGAAAGAGACAUACUACGAGAGCAGCUGGAUGAGCUCAACAGCAGGAUUGAGACUGACUUUAUACCAAUGAAGGACCACGAGGAAGCUCGCAGUAACAUGGUAACAGCUUUGGAGGAGCUGGAAGACAAACUGGUGGAAGCCAGCGAGCGCUACGGAAAAGCAGAGGCACAAGUUCAUCAGCUUCAGACCGAGAGGACCACGCUGCAGGAGAAUAUCAGCAGCCUCCAAAGUUCCAGCGAGGGACGCCAGAGCGACAUGGAUGCUCUGAGGUCUCAGAAUGCCGAGCUCGUGAAGAAACUUGAACUUUUGCAGAAGAGAUGCGAAGACAGAGAUGAAGAGUGUUUGCAGCUGACGGCACAGAGCCAGACCCUGAAACAGAGCAUGGAAGGAGAGUAUGUUCCCAGACGGCAGCACGAGCAAGUGAAGAUGGAGUUAAGUUCCACCUUAGAGAGUGUCAAAGCUGAGAUGAUGAGGUUGCAGACCAAGGAGAAAGAAAGUAAGGAAGAACUGAAGAACGUGAAAGAAGGAAACGAUAAGUUGAAAGAAGAGUUGGAAAAAGUCCUGUCAGAGAAUGAAAAUGAAUAUAUACACGUGAAAGAGCACAAAGCCGCCACAGACAAGCUGAGUGCUGCUGUUGCUGAGGCGGAGAACAGAGCAAACGAAGCGUCAGCGAUGUACGUGUCGGCUCAGGAGGAAACAGUAAAGCUUACCCAAGAACUGAAGGCUCAGAAGAAAGAACUUGACACCAUACAGGAGGCUAUUCAGUCCAAGUUCAUCCCACUGACAGCGGCUGAGGAAAAAGAGCGCUCUUACAGCGCCCAGGUGAAGGAGUUGACAGUCAAGCUGUUGGAAAUGGAAGAGAUGUAUAACAAAGAAAGGUCUGCCGGGCAGAGCAACGAACAGGAGAAAGAGAAACUACAAGUCGAGAUUAAAUCUGUUCAACAGAGACUAGACUCUGCUCUAGUUACCAGUGAAAAGCACAAGGAUGUGGAGGAAGAGUUCAAGGGUAGAUUUGAGGAACUGGCUCAGGAGUUGGCCAAGUUAGAGCAGCAGCACAAGGAGGUAACGUCUCAGAAGGCUGAUCUUCAAGACCAGAACGCCCUCUGCAACAGUCAGAUCCAGAAUCUCCAGGAGCGUCUGAAAGCAGAGUUGACUCGGAUAGCAACGUAUGACACGGAGCUGAAAGCCCUCCACGACGCCAUGCAGCAAGCCCAGGCCGACUGCAAGAAAGCAAGAGAGGCUCAGCAGGAGGAGGCCCAGAGGGUUUGUGCCUUACAGAAAGAACUGCAGGAAUGCCGCAGGGAUCAGGCUGCUCUGCUGCAACAACAGGCCAAGUCCGAGGAAGCCCUGGAGGCUGAAGUCGCUAAACUUCGAAUGGCCCUCCGUGAAGAGGAGGAGAACAACGCCCAGAGGGCUGAAGACGUGUCCGCCCUGCAGUCCGAGCUCCUUCAGGCCACGCAGGCUCUCGAGGAAAUUCGCUACAAGGAAGACCAGAUGAACCAGCUGACGAAGGAGAAGCAGCAGCUGGAGGAGGAGGCUGCCAACCUGAGCAACAAGCUGCUGAGCUUAGCCGAGGAGUGUGAAGAGGCCCGCCAGGAGUCCACAAAGGCGAGGGAGGGCGAGAGCAGGGCCAGGACAGAGAUGGAGGCUGUCCAGGAGAAGGGACGUGCCAUUGAAAGAGAAAUUGGGGAGCUGAAAGAGAGAUAUGAUGAGUCUCUCAGCACCAUCUGUGACCUUCAGAGGAGGAUCCAGACAUCAGCUCAGCAGACUGAAGCCAAAGACAAGAAGAUCACAGAGUUGUUGACAGAUGUUGAGCGAUUGAAGCAGGCUUUGAAUGGUCUGUCCCAGCUGGCAUAUACAAGCAACGCGCCCAAUAAGAGACAGACGCAGCACAUUGACACACUCCAAGCCCAGAUCAAGAGCCUACAGCAGCAGCUGGCUGAUGCUGAGAGGCAACACAGGGAGGUGGUUUCAAUUUAUCGAACUCAUCUCCUCAGCGCAGCACAGGGCCACAUGGAUGAGGACGUCCAGGCCGCCUUGCUCCAGAUCAUCCGCAUGAGACAGGAGUUUGUGUGUUAAAGCUUCCUCUGAAAACAAAACGCUGCCCGCUGACUCAAAUUCUCCGUUCUCACGUCUCCCGCUGCAGAGUUCCCCUGCUGUGGCCCCUGUGGCCUUCCAGUGUGUGUGUGUGUGUGUGUGUGUCUGCUGAGAAAUCCACGUUUUUGUAGCAUAGCUGCACUUUGGUUCCCAAAUAACUAAAUCUGUAUCUGAGUAAAAGUGAAUAACUGCAGAUUAUUCAACUUCAGCAGAAAUGCAGCAAACUAAAAAUCAAUUUGAAAAUGCUGUUGUAUCAAACUGACCUGUGAGAUAAUGUUGAUGUAAAGAUCUGCAGGAACAUUUCUCCUGCAGUCUGGUAUGUGACGAUGCGUUCCCACACAUCUCUGUCAAAUCUAUUAUAAAUGAUUACGCAAAUCUGUGUAUUUUCAUGCGGCUCUAUCACAGCAUGCUCAGUCACGUGGGAGCUGUUUGCAGUGGAGGUCGCUCUUUGUUGAAACGCUCAGCUGAAAUGUGAAACGGACAUGAACACAGACCACUUUUCACAUUCCCACCUGACAGUCAGCUCUCAUACGGCAUGUUUUCGUGUUUAACGGCUGCGUUUGCUAGAAUUUGACGGUUCACAGUUUUGCAAGUUCGUCUUUGAACAAUGGUCAGGUGCCCAUAUGAACACUGAAAGGGGUUUCGCUUGCCUGAUGCACUUCCAGUAUAAGUGAUAAGGGGUUAAAUCCACACCUCUCAUAGAUGUAUUGGAAGUUGAUAUCUGCCAGUCUUUCUAGUAAAAUUCUUUGCUGUUGAGCUGCAGUGAAAGAGUGAAUUUAAGACUUUGGAAUACAUUUUUUUCACAGAAUAAGAGUGUUUUGUGAUCACACAAAAUCUGUUUCAGUGUACAUAUGAGCACGUGAGUAAGACAGACUUGAAAAAUUGUGAACUUGUCCUUUAAUGCAAUCCUCAAAUCUGUACAUUGGAGGAGUUAUUGGUCUCUGUAAUCUGACUGUCACUGAGCAGAUCCCAUCCUAACAUGAUUCCAGUGUAAGAGAUGAGGCCUCCGCAGUGGGAAUUAGUCGCAUCAGGUGGGAGUUUGUGUGUUCAGACAGUGUUUCCCUGCUGAGGCGCAACAAAAAGAGUCAAUUCUGUACCCACAUCUCUUACAUUGGAAUACAUUAUUAGGAUAUCCUGUCAGGUCCAGAAGAAGGGAUCAGCUUCCAGUAACUCUCGAGUGUACAUACGGGCAUCUGAGCAUCGUUUUAAGACAGACUUGAACCUGUCCUUGUUCAUGUCAGUGGUCACACUUCAGCUGCUUUCUUGAGACUGUAUUCAUUUUGUGUGAGUUGUCAUCUUCUGGAGGUCCAAACUAGCACAUGUGUUUUCAGAAUAACACCAAAUACCAAAGACCUGACGAGGGUAAAAUCAUCCAAAUCUAAAACUACUCGCCGUUUUGGUAUAUGGUAGAUAGUUAUGUGACAGAUUUGACAGUCCUGUCACUCUUACAGUCUGGUUACAUCAGUCCGGUUUGUGCUGGAUUUGAGUCAUGUGGGUGUGAAGUGGAGAUCUCUUGCUGUGUCCGACAGUUUGCAGUGGCACGUCGUCCUUUUUGUUGAAACCAGAGUGUCCUCUAGUGGUGAGACUUGGCUGGCCAAGUUGAUAGAAAUUGUAAUAGUCAGUGUGGCCCAGGGGUAGGCAGUAGUUGUUUUUGGAAGCUGUAAUAUCUGCAUGCUUGGAUUCAACACCAGGGAGGAUUAUUAGGAAUCGUACAUGUAGUUGAGAGAGUAUGAAAUGUGGAUGGAAAGCACAAUUGUCAAAGCUUUAGCUGCUAAUAUCUGUUGCUCUGCAUCACUAAAUUCAAACCAAACCCCUUUAAAAGACAGCAAACGUCCCAGCUGAGGCUCGACUGGAUAUAAAACCUGUUUUAUGCAGCAGUGAACUUUGCACCUCUCCUAGAACAAGGGUUGCGUACCCCUGAGCCCGCUCUUUGUGACUCUUGAUGGUGUAGUGUAGUGGUGUUGUGAUUGUUGAGCGAGUCUCGUAUGCCUUUACACUGAUAUAUUUUUCAUAGCUUUGUACUACUUUAAUUACUGUACUACAGUGUGACAAUUCUGAUAUUCAGCAGGUCUGGAAGUAGAACGGCACAGAACACGUUCAGGGUAACAUUUACCGUAGGAUGCCAUUUGAUAAGAAUAGAACAGAUUCUUUUAUUUAUGUGGAUAGACAAACUCUUUAGUUUAUUGAAGCACUCCUGUCUUUGCCUUUCAGCGAACACAUCUUACCAAGUGAACCUGCUCGCUCUCUGUUUUUAUAUUUUGGCCAAAAACUCUGUUUUUAACGUUUAAAAAAGAAUACCUCCUGCAUUUUGUUAUGCAGACGUUAGGGAUUAACACUAACUUUUAUGAAUAUUUCUUUCUGUCUUCCCUCUACGGUUUACAUAGACUAUAAAUUGCAUCCAGUUAAAUCUCCAAAUAAAUAUUCUGUAUACCAAUCUGUUUAAAUUGGUUGUUUUCUUUGGCAAUAAUAUUUGUGUUUGUGAAUCAGUAAUACAAAAUCAAUAAAAGUGCCUAACA